CCGGGCUUCACAGCAGCCUCCUCUCCUGCCGGUCUGUGUGAGUGACGUGCGUACACACAGACACACACACAGAAGUCACACACCGGCCUGGCCUCUCGUCUCUGGGACCUGACUCCACACCAGCAGCGGCAUCAUGUCUGACCGAGGCGCGUUCGACACCAACGUGAUAACUCUCACCAGGUUCGUCCUGGAGGAGGGCCGCAGGGCCAAGGGGACAGGAGAGCUCACCACCCUGCUCAACUCCAUGUGCACGGCCAUCAAAGCCAUCUCCACUGCUGUGCGGAAAGCAGGAAUCGCCAAUCUCUACGGCAUUGCGGGGAGCACCAAUGUGACAGGAGAUCAGGUGAAGAAGCUGGACAUCCUGUCCAAUGACCUCGUCAUCAACAUGAUCAAGUCUUCCUACACUUCCUGUGUGCUAGUGUCUGAGGAGGAUGACAGGGCCCUCAUCGUGGAUCCAGAUUCUAGGGGGAAGUAUAUUGUUUGCUUUGAUCCUCUGGAUGGCUCCUCAAAUAUUGACUGUCUUGCAUCGAUUGGAACCAUAUUUGGCGUCUACAGAAAGAUGACAGAUGAUGAGCCCAAUGAGAAGGAUGCUCUGCAGUCAGGCAGACACCUUGUGGCUGCAGGCUAUGCCCUCUAUGGAAGCGCCACCGCGCUGGUGCUCUCCACAGGUCAAGGGGUCAACUGCUUCAUGCUGGACCCGGCCAUUGGGGAAUUCAUCCUGGUAGACCGUGACAUCAAGAUGAAGAAGAAGGGGAAGAUUUACAGUCUGAAUGAGGGCUACGCCCAGCACUUCUACCCAGACGUCACAGAGUACCUCCAAAAGAAGAAGUUUCCUCAGGAUGGUAGCGCCCCCUAUGGAGGACGAUACGUGGGCUCCAUGGUGGCAGAUGUACACAGGACUCUGGUGUAUGGAGGCAUCUUCCUGUACCCUGCCAAUGAAAAGAGUCCCAAGGGCAAGCUGAGGCUGCUGUAUGAGGGCAACCCUAUGGCCUUCAUCAUGGAGCAGGCGGGUGGCAUGGCAACCACGGGUAGCAUGAACAUUCUGGACAUUCAACCACAGACAAUCCACGAGCGCUGCCCUGUCGUAAUGGGCUCGCCUGACGAUGUACAGGAGUACAUUUCCAUCUUCAAGAAACACCACACCAAGUGAGGCGGAAGACAAUCUCUUCCCAGUCCAAACACACCCUGGCAUACACACACACACACACACACACAGUCAUAAGCUGAGACAAAAUACGUAAGAUUAGACAGAUACCUGCUUUGUAGUGUAAAGGCUCCUGACAGUGUGUGUGUGAGGCUGUUGUUUCACUCUAACAUCUCAACAGGCUUGUCACCAAGGCUGUUAUGAGCACUUUGCUGGCCUUGGUGUCCAGACAGCUUCUGUGUUCCUGUGCUUCUUACUCUCUAAAUGAAAGAUAGAUGUUUUUCAAAUAAAACCCAUAAAAGUAA